UGUUAGCGUGCAGAACACACACCAUCCUCGAUACAGGGGCCGUGUCGUCCCAAGCAUCCACUCCACACUCCACAGAGGCGCGUGCAAUCGUCGUGAUUUACCGGCGAAUAUUCCGUUCUGUUUGCUUUUUCCCCGUCAUUGGUGCUAACUCAAGUGUCCCAUAAUUGACAGACCUGUCAGCGUCCAGCUCGGCGAUAAUCAAAGCCAAAUCGAAUUAAAUUGAAGGAGAGAGCAAGUGGCAAAAAUCGUUUCACACGGAGCGCCACAAAGUGUGUGUUUAGUGCUUGACUUGUUGCCAGAGCGCCACCGCCUCCACCUCCGCCCACAGCCGCUUUUGAUGGACGGUCGUGCCUCAAAUUAAAUGUCAAACCGGUGGCAGCACUCCGGUCCACUAAUUAGCAUUGGCCGCAGUCCUGGUAGGGGCUCUGUGGCCCUAUAGAGGAUAUUGCCAAGGCAGUUGAAAGGCGAAACACAAAUCAAAAUACUAAUGAAGUUCCAAUGCAAAUGCGAGACAGAAUAAAUCAAAAUUUCAAAAGAAAAUACACUUCGUGAACUCAUCAAAAUAUACACCAAAAAAUUUAAAUAAAUAUUCCACAAAUCAAGAAUCACAAUAGAGAUUUUUCGAAAUUUAUUAGUGGCGCGAGCAUCAAAAGAAAUUCAAUAAAUAACCAAACAAAUAGCCCCAAUAAAUUCCGUAUUAAACGAUUAUAUCUUUUCAUUGUACAACCGAAUGAAAAAGUGAACUCCCCGGCCAGAUGAAUGCUGCGAAUAAAUCAAAUUAACCAAUCGAAUAGUUUGUGGGAUCAACAAAAAAAUUAUAAUAGAAUUUUGCAUGACAAAAAUAUAUUCAAAGGCAAAACAAAAAGUGAUUCAAAUUAAUCAAAAGCAGCCCGACCAUCUGUGUAUGCGACUGUGUGUGUGUGUGUGUGUUUGUGUGUGUCUGCCAUUAAAAUCUGCGGCUAUAAUCUAUGCACAAUCCAUAAUCGCAGAACUGCGAUUGUCUGGUGUUAGACCCAAAUCUGUGUUAAUCGGCGGAAAAAAUAGCACUCUGAUCGAAAAUUAAAGCAAAUUUCAUUGACAACAAAAUGGCGGAGCGCAUAUGAAAUGCAAUAAAUAGCAAAUGGCAAAGUUUCAAAACGGCAAUAAAUCGAUGGCAUAAAUGCAUUAAAGUGUGCCACCCAGUUCUCAGUUCCACAAAAUACGAUUGGAUCUGGUCUCGCUUAAUUGAGCAUGCAUUAAAAUAAUAGCGAAAUAUAAAUUAAUCCCAUCAUCCAACAUAGAGGAAUGCUUACUUAAUUUGGGCUUUUGCAACAUUCAAGGCCCCUGCGUAGAGCAUACAAAUGUUGAUGCCACAAUAUUGCAUCUGUGAGUGAGUGCGAGUGCGAGUGUGUCAGUGCGAAGGUGAAUUAAGUGCUUUAAUUAAAUGCACGGCAUUAAAACACGGACAGCUCGGAUUACCUCUGCGAAUACAGCCAGAAAAACGAUACAAUUCGUUUACUUCCGAAAUACACACAAAUAGAGGCGCAAAAUUUUGAAAAAUAAACCCAAACUUGGAGACAAAUCCCUAGAAUGCACAGCCAACAAUUUAAGCUCUAUUCAAUGGGAAAUACAAAAUGGCAAUAAUUGCCAAAUCUAGUUAAGGAUCGUCCCCCAGAAAUAGGGGAAAUAAAAGAUAAUUUAAAGCCAACCCAGAAGGGCAGACCGCCCAAAUUGCCACAGAAAAUUGCAUGCAACUGCAACAAGGCGACGGCGAAACAUAGCCAAGGAGAGAGAGAGAGAGAGAGAGAGCAGGCGAUAGAUAGAUAGCCAACAAAAGACGGCGACAAAGGACGCAGCAAGGACCAAUCCUAACGGGGUCAGUCAUUUACUGCACGAUUGCCGAGUCGGGGCCAGCGAACUGAAAGUUUAAUUGCCUCUCGUUCCUCCCCGCCCCCUCCCCCCGGAAAAACAGGGAAAAAAGAGAGAGAGAGAGAGAGAGGGGAAAAACUUGAACCGAAUGCAACAAUUAAAAUCAAAAAGUUUUCGACAAGAUGCUGCCGCUGCCUACGCUGUCGAGGCGACAACAAUUCUCAACUGCUGAGCGAAUCCAUCGACAAGUCGCCGAGGAACACGAAUAGGACCCAAGAAUCUUCCACAGGCGGCAGAUCUCAGUGGCAAGCGGAAGAAACCUUCAAAGGGAAGCCAACAGAGGGACAGAUAGAGAGACAGAUAGCGGAGAGCGGAGGCACGCUGGAGAGUGGCGAGGCCUCAUAAAUUGUCUGCUUCUAAUUUGAAUGGACUCGACAGCAUUCGACAUUCAAAUGCAUAUUUGGAAACUUUUGUUAAUUGUUACAAAAUUUGUACGCAUUGGUAUUGCUGACAAAAACGAUUCACCGCCAUAUUUCGAUAGAUUUCUGUACGAGACUGAGAUCGAUGAGAAUGCCGAUUUGCAGAGCACAGUCCUCACUGUCAACGCCAAGGAUCACAAUGAGUCGACGAAUAUUCGAUACCAGAUCACAGGCGGUAACAUAGGCAAUGCCUUUGCCGUGCAGAACACGACCGGUGUCAUCUAUGUGGCGAGUCCCCUGGACUACGAAACGCGGCCAAGGUUUGAACUGCGUUUGGAGGCCACCAGAAAUCGCAAAAACAACUACACCACCGUUGUGAUAAACGUACGCGAUGUCAACGAUAAUCCACCGGUAUUCGAUCGUCAAACAUAUCGAACACAAAUCACAGAAGAAGACGAUCGGAAUCUGCCAAAACGCAUACUGCAGGUUACCGCCACCGACGGCGAUGUAGAUAGACCAAUAAAUAUUGUAUAUUUCCUGACUGGCCAGGGCAUCGACCCCGACAAUCCAGCGAAUAGUAAAUUUGAUAUAAAUCGCACAACGGGCGAUAUUUUUGUACUCAAGCCCCUGGACCGUGAUCAACCGAAUGGACGGCCACAAUGGCGCUUCACCGUAUUCGCACAGGACGAGGGCGGCGAGGGCCUGGUCGGCUAUGCGGACAUCCAAGUUAAUCUCAAGGACAUCAACGACAAUGCGCCCCAGUUCCCGCAGGGCAUCUACUUCGGCAACGUGACAGAGAACGGCACCGCCGGCAGUGCGGUGAUGACAAUGUCUGCCAUUGACUACGACGAUCCCAACGAGAGCACCAACGCGAAGCUAAUCUACUCGAUUGAGAAGAACGUCAUCGAGGAGGAGACGGGGGCGCCCAUCUUUGAAAUCGAGACCGAAACGGGCGUCAUCAAGACGGCCGUCUGCUGCCUCGACCGAGAGCGCACCCCGGACUAUUCCAUUCAGGUGGUGGCCAUGGAUGGUGGCGGACUGAAGGGCACUGGCACCGCCUCCAUACGCGUCAAGGACCUCAACGAUAUGCCGCCGCAGUUCACCAAGGACGAGUGGUUCACGGAGGUGGACGAGACGAACGGCACUUACAUACCCGAGACGCCCAUCCUCACCGUCACCGUGCAGGACGAGGACGAGACGAACACGUUCCAGUACAAGGUGGUGCCGAACAGCGGCUUCGGCUCCGACAAGUUCGCGAUGGUGCGCAACGCGGACGGCACGGGCUCCCUGAAGAUCAUCCAGCCGCUGGACUACGAGGACCCCCUGCAGAGCAGCGGCUUCCGGUUUCGCAUUCAGGUGAACGACAAGGGCGAGGACGGGCCCAGCGGCGGCGGCGGCGGCGGCGGCGCCAGCGACAAGUACCACGUGGCCUACUCCUGGGUGGUGGUCAAGCUGCGGGACAUCAACGACAACGUCCCGAAGUUCGACCGGGAGCACGUCGAGGUGUCCAUCUACGAGGACACCAAGGUGGGCACGGUGCUGGAGCAGUUCCGGGCCACCGACGCGGACCAGGGCGGCCACUCGAGGGUCUCCUACAAGAUAGUGCGCGCCACCAACCGCCGGCGCCAGUUUGCCAUCAGCGACAAGGGCGCCGUCAGCAUCCAGAGGCCCCUGGACCGCGAGACCCUCGACAGGCACCACAUCCAGGUCCUGGCCGUCGACGAUGGCAGUCCCGAGCGCACGGCCACCGCCACGCUCACGGUCAUCGUGAAGGACGUCAACGACAAUGCCCCGACCUUUGCCCAGGACUACAGGCCCACGCUGCCGGAGAACGUCUCCGGCAAGAAGAUCGUCGAGGUGGCCGCCCAGGACGCGGACGAUCGACAGCGGGGCAACGGCGGACCCUUCACCUUUCGCCUGGAUCCCCUGGCCAGCGACGAAAUACGAGCGGGCUUCAAGGUGGAAUACGAUCGAAGAGGCGACAAUGGCAACGGCGUGGCCAUCAUCUCCUCGCUGCGGCCCUUCGAUCGGGAGGCGCAGAAAACCUAUGCCAUACCCAUCGAGAUCAAGGACAACGGAGCCCCGGCCAUGACCGGCACGAGCACGCUGACCGUGACCAUUGGCGACGUGAACGACAACAAAAUGCAGCCGGGCAGCAAGUCCGUGCUGGUCUACAACUACCAGGGACAGUCGCAGGACACGCCCAUAGGCAGGGUGUACGUGAACGACCCGGACGACUGGGACGUGCCGGACAAGAAGUACUACUGGGAGGUGCAGGAGCACCAGCGGUUCAAGCUGGACACGGACACGGGCAUCCUGACCAUGCGAUCGGGCACGCGGCGGGGCCGCUACCAGCUGCGCUUCAAGGUGUACGACAGGGAGCACGGGCAGGAGGACAUUCCGGCCAACCUGAGUGUCACAGUGCGGGACAUCACGGCGGAGGCGGUGCAGCAGGCCGGCUCCAUGCGCCUGGCCCACCUCAGCGACGAGGACUUCGUGCGAACCUGGAACCCGCUGAAGCAGCAGGUGGAGCCCUCGAAGCUGGAGCGAUUCCGCAACAAGUUGGCCGAGCUGCUGUACACCGAUCGGGACAACGUGGACGUGUUCAGCGUGCAGCUGCGGGAGGGCUCCCCCUACCCCCUCACAGACGUGCACUUCGCCGCCCGCUCGGCCACCCAGCAGCCGUACUUCAAGGCCGUGCGGCUCAACGGGGUCGUGCAGAUGCACCGCGAGGAGAUCGAGCAGGAGGUGGGCCUCAACAUCACGAUGGUCAACAUCAACGAGUGUCUGCACGAGGGCAGGGGCAAGUGCGGCUCCGGCUCGUGCUCCUCGAGGGUGGAGCUGGGCAAGAAGCCCUACACGGUGAGCGUGAACCGCACGGCCCUCGUGGGCGUCCGGCUGGAGAUCAGUGCCCAGUGCGGGUGUCGCGCGAGGAACUUCUCCGGCACGGACCACAACUGCCGCUCGCAUCUGUGCUACAACGGCGGGCGAUGCGUGGAGACGCGCAACGGGCCGCGCUGCGUGGCCUGCCCCGUGGGCUACGGCGGUCCGCGGUGCCAGCAGUCGACGCGGAGCUUUCGGGGCAACGGCUGGGCCUGGUAUCCGCCGCUGCAGCUCUGCUCGGAGUCGCACCUGAGCCUGGAGUUCAUAACGCGCGAGGGCGACGGCCUGAUACUCUACAACGGGCCCAUAGUGCCGCCCAAGCCCGGCGAAACGGUGAUCAGCGACUUCGUGGCCAUCGAGCUGGAGCAGGGCUACCCCCGGCUGCUCAUCGACUUCGGCUCUGGGACCCUGGAGCUGCGGGUGAAGACCAAGAAGACCCUGGACGACGGGGUCUGGCACCGCCUGGACGUCUUCUGGGAUGCGGAGAACGUCCGCAUGGUGGUGGACUUCUGCCGCACGGCCUUGGUGUCGGAGAUGGAGGACGGCAGUCCGCCGGAGUUCGACGACAACGCCUGCCAGGCCCGCGGCCAGAUACCGCCGUUCGCCGAGUCCCUGAACCUCAACCAGCCGCUGCAGCUGGGCGGCCUGUACCGGCAGCACUUCGACCAGACGCUCUACAACUGGCAGUACGCGUUCAGCUCCAAGGGCUUCGACGGCUGCAUACGCAACGUGGUGCACAACUCGGAGCACUACGACCUGGCCUUCCCGGCGCUGGCCCGCAACAGCUUCCCCGCCUGCCCGCAGACGGACGAGGUCUGCCUGAAGACCGAGCACACGGCCCGCUGCUGGGAGCACGGCAACUGCGUGGCCAGCCUGGUGCAGGCCAAGUGCCACUGCCAGCCCGGCUGGAUGGGGCCCGGCUGCAACGUGCCCACCAUCCCGACCACCUUCAAGGCCCAGAGCUACGUGAAGUUCGCCCUCAGCUUCGAGCCGGAUCGGUUCAGCACGCAGCUGCAGCUGCGCUUCCGCACCAGGGAGCAGGGCGGCGAGCUGUUCCGCGUCAGCGAUCAGCACCACCGCGAGUACGCCAUCCUGGAGCUGCGCCGGGGCCAGCUGCAGUUCCGCUACAACCUGAACUCGCUGCGGAACGAGGAGCAGCUGCUGGCCCUCACGGCCAUCGCCGUCAACGACGGACAGUGGCAUGUGAUUCGCAUUAGCCGCUACGGCUCGGCGGCCCUCAUGGAGCUCGACGGCGGCGAGUCCCGCCGCUACAACGAGUCCUUCCACUACACCGGCCACCAGUGGCUGAGCAUCGACAAGCAGGAGGGCGUCUAUGCGGGCGGCAAGGCCGAGUACACGGGCGUCAAGACCUUUGAGGUCCAGUCCGAUUUUCAAAGGAGCUGCCUCGAUGACAUCAGAUUGGACGGCAAACACCUGCCCCUGCCGCCCGCCAUGAACGGCACUCAGUGGGGCCAGGCGACGAUGGCCCGCAAUCUGGACCGCAACUGUCCCUCGAACAGGCCCUGUUCCAAUGUCAUCUGCCCGGAUCCCUUUGACUGUGUCGAUUUGUGGAACGAAUACGAGUGCACUUGCAGCGAGGGACGCAUCAUGUCGUCGGACACCAAGGGCUGUGUCGAUCGCAACGAAUGCCUGGAUCUGCCCUGCCUGAACGGGGCCACGUGCAUCAAUCUGGAGCCCCGUCUGCGGUAUCGCUGCAUCUGCCCGGAGGGCUACUGGGGCGAGAACUGCGAGCUGGUGCAGGAGGGCCAGCGCCUGAAGCUAAGCAUGGGGGCCCUCGGCGCCAUAUUCGUUUGCCUGAUUAUCAUAUUGAUUCUGGCCCUGAUCUUUGUACUGUACUCUCGGAAACGAAAAACGACCAAAAAGAAGAAGCGCUCUGGACCGGAGAAGGAUGUGCGCGAAACGGUAAUCAGCUACGAGGACGAGGGCGGGGGCGAGGAUGAUAUGACGGCCUUCGAUAUAACGCCACUGCAAAUACCAAUCAGCGCCCAAGGUGGCGGCUCCAUGCCGCCGGACAUUGCCGCCUGCAAGAUGCCCAUCAUCUAUCCUGUGAUGACACUGCUGCCGCCCGGCCAGGAGCUGAAUGUGGCCUAUCUGAUGGAGGAGCGGAAGCAGCGCAUCGACAAGGAUCCCAAUGCCCCGCCCUUCGAUGACCUGCGGAACUUCACCUUCGAGGGGAGUGGCAGCAUAGCAGAGUCCCUCAGCUCGUUGGCCUCAGGCACUGAUGAUGAGAAUCAAGACUUUAACUAUUUACAAAAUUGGGGUCCACGUUUCAAUGCGCUCGCCGCCAUGUACGUGCACGAUAAGGCGAAAGCCAAGCAGCCCCCCACGGACGGGGCAGCAGCAGCAACACCAACACCAACAUCAUCAUCAAAAGGAGCAGCGGCAGCAGCUGCAGGAGGAGCAGUAUCCUUGCCGGCGGACAGCGGUGUCCUCGCUGUGGUUGCAACGGGCAGCGGUGCCGGGCCCGGCGGUGGCUGCCCCAAGCCAGAUGCCGACAAAGUUGUAUUAUAAAAAUAAAUAGUUAAGUUGUAGUUAAACCGAUGUUUCAGCUGUAAGCAUUAUGGCCAUAUGCCAUGCCAUUAUCCGGCAGGAGGGGGUGGGGAGGGGAGGGCACACUCUCCAACCGAAAAUAUGUUUUGUGUAUUCGUAUCGUCUGGCUAGGAUUACAAUUGAAUGUAUUAUAGAUAUAUAUAAACGGAUAUAUUUGUGGUUUAACUGUGAAAUUUAAGACUAAUAUAAGCUGAUAACUGUUCUAACGAAUAAGCUAUAUAGAAGGGUGUAUAUCCGAUUUCUAUUCCUACUAAAAGUAUACUUCUUUCAAGUUUCUGUGUUUUGUGUGUCCCUCAUUUCGAUUUACUUUUUGGAAGCACUAUGAUUAUAAUGGAUACCACUACUGAAUGCCCUAUCUUUCAGACUCUUCCACUUUUAAGGACCAACUUGUAUUGCAUUUAUGAUUCUGGGUAAUUCUCUUGCAAAAAUAUUUGCCAAUUUUUAGUAGAACUUAUAUUACUUUCUUCAAGGUUCUACCCUCUUCUGUCUUGACUUUAUUUCAACCCUAAGGAUAUCUGUUUAGGUCCCACUGUUAUGUAUCUUCCUCUCUGUACAUUCUUUCCAUAUUCUUCUCAAUGAUUUUCUAUCGAACCAACUAAGAAAUCAAAGAAAUUCAAGCGAAAAACACUACGAAUAUAUAAGUACAUUAAGCCUACUAAAAGAGUUUAUAAAACUUGAAAAAUACUAGUUAAAGACCCUGUAUAAAUACGGCGUUGGCUCUCUAGCACGUAAGCCGAACCGAAAACCAGACCCCCGCCGUACGCCGGGGAAACAGUGCAACUUUUCGGUGCCACCGUUUGGGGAACGUGUCCGAUUGCCUACCAGGUAGCACCUGAAGCGGAGCCCACACCGGCGGACACCCACACGUGGCCGCAAAAGUUUCCGGAACAAAGGGGGAAAAAAAACACCGAGGGAAAAAACGGAUGCAACUUUUGGCUGGAAUUUCAAAAACUAAAUGAGGGGGAAAAAAAAACUGGAUGAAUGUAACAUAAUUUUGUACAUAUUAAAUUCUGUAAUUGUAUGAUUAAAUUAAAUUCAAGGCAAUUAAAGCGAAAACCAACUAAUAGACUAAUUAAACUACAAUUAAACAUAAAUUUAAUUACCCAAAAAACAGAAAAACAGAAAACGAGUGUUGAUCAAACAAAUUUCAUAUUUCUGCAUUUACUAGCCAAUACACUAGAUAGAUUCUAUUCCCCGAAAAGAAACAACAACAACAACAACAACGGAAUCCAAAACAGAAAACGGAAACACAAAAAUAUUGAAUAUAAUAAUAUUGUAAUAUGUAUUAAAUUAUGAGUCAUAUGCAACAACAACAAAAACAAAAACGAAAAAAAAAAACAAAAAAGAAAAGGUUUAAUUAAAUUUACGUUAGUUAAUGGACAAUUUGUUAGUAGUUAGAAUUUAAGAAUACUUUUUAAAAAAUCAAUAAAGCCCCAAAACAAACAAAAAAAUACCACAA